AUGGCUGCUAGCAUGAUUACCGAAUGUGGUAUUCAACUAGUUGCCACUACUCAUGGAGUCACAUUUAAGAAUUUGAUAAUGAAUCCUUCCCUUGAAAUGCUUGCAGGGAGAAUACAGUUCACUAUCAGAGAAGAAAAAAUGGUUAGAACUCGUGGUGCUUCCUCCAAGAAGAUCCCUGCUUCUCAAUCCCGAAAGGUGCCAUCUCCUUUGCCUCCUCCAUCUGUGUCAACGGCGGCUCCAUCUGUUCCAGCACCUGCCUCAUCUGUUGGGAAAUCUUGCAAAUCCAAGGCGCGCAAGAAGGUAUUUUCCCUCUCUCAUGAACACCCCAUGGUGUUUCCAGAUAUCUCGGCUGACAUUGUCGAUGUUGCACCACCAUCUGAAGUGGUGGUGCCCUCUCGAGCCAAGGACCCAUCUCCUCUUCCGAUUGAUUCUUCUAUGGCGGCUAGGGCAAAAUCAAAAUCUGUUUCAUCUUCUUCCAAAGCUGCUGCUGCUGGGUUGCUCAAAUUGCCCUUGAAGCCGAGCCAGUCCAAGAAAAAUUCUGUCACUCCCAAAAGGAAAUUGGGGUUGGACGCGUCUUCUUCUCCCUUGUCUGCUGCCAAGAAAAAAUUGAAGGCUCAUCCCCCUUCUCUGUCUUCCUCCGAAUCUGACCCUGAGGAAGAAAAGUCUGAAUCUGAAGCAACCCAUGAUACCACCUUAUCUGAUGAAACGGUUCCUGACAAUGCAGAAUCAGAGGCUGAGUCUGAUGAGCCAGAAAAAGAAGACAUUGUCCCCUCUGAACAAGAAGCCGAAUCUGACUCAGACCAAAUUGCAACUCCUUUGACACCCAAGGCUAAAGGGAAGAAACCUAUUUCUGAUCCUACACCUUCUCAAAAACGUUCAGGUGUAAAUUUCAAACCUUACUCUUCCAUUUUUUGCUAUAAUGAUAAUGCUCGUGAUAUGGUUCUAUACGCUCAAAGGAAAUUUAUCAUUGAGAGAAAUUAUGUCUUGAGUGAUCAUCGGCCCUAUGGUGUGCUAACAAUGCUUCAAGAUCGAAAAUGGACAGUGUUUGUUAGGGGCCAUUGGUUCUCGUUUUCUCCUCAAGACAUUGCCCUUGCUUUGCAUCUUCCCCUUGAUGUCGAGGAUGAUGAUGAUGUUGCCUCUCUUGACAAGGACAUGGUUAUCACUGAAUUGGUAGGGCAAAAAAUCGUAUGGCCAUCUAAUACAGUCAUCUCGGUCUCCAAUCUCACCUACACUUAUGCUGUCCUCCAUAAGUUUGCCACAACAAAUUGGAAGCCCACUUCUCACACCGCCACUAUCUCUUUUGAUAUGGAAUCAUUUUUGUACAAGGUGGGGACCGGUCUUGGUAUAAAUUUGGCUUUGGUUAUUCAUGAUCAAGUCAUUGGGUUUCGCAAAGGUAAUAGGAAAAACUUGAAUCUUCCUUUUCCUCAAGUUAUUUAUAAAGUGUUGAGUAUGCAGAAAAAAGAUCUCCAACGUGAUCAAGAAGACUUGGUGGCACCCACUACUGCUGCUUCCUACAAGGCCUCUGCUCCUCCUACUGAAGCCACUGCUCCUCCAUCCUCCAAGAAAGUCAAGCCUCAAUCUCUGAAGAUUGCCUCGGAUGACAUUCCUCAUGCCUCCUCCUCUGUUGCCACAGAUUCAGGACUUGUUGCAACAGAAAUAGCUGCUGUUCGCGCCUCUGUUGAUUCUUUGACUGCUCGAGUGAUGUUAAUUGAAGGACUGCAAUGUUCUGUGUUGGAGGCUAUUCAAUCCCUGUCCAAAGAUCCAGUCGUUUAA